CGUACCACCGACGGGACAUGUCGUUCAGUCGUUUUUUAUUUAUUUUUUGUAUUACAUCUGUAAUGCCAUAUUUACGUUCGCUGUCGUUUCACAGAAUUAAAGGAUAAUCGUCAGUGGCGCUGGGCUGAAGAUCAGCUGUUUUGGCCGCUCGGAACAGGGAGGAAGUGAUGCAUUGAAAUGCCCGUAAAGAGGCUCCUCCAAAAGGGGGAAGCACAAAGAAAUCGCCUACUCCCGUUUUAUUUCUCUUUUGCUUCUCAACUGGCUUCGACGUGCCGAGUAUAUUUUACAUGACAGUACAAUGACGCCUUUUAAAUGUUAGCCGCUCAAUUGCGUUCUUUUUUUGCUGUCACCGCUGUUACAUUUUUACAAGUUUUUUUUUAGCUACUCGUUAGCUCGGCGAGCUAAUGUGCGGCGAGUUUUUCAAGAGUUCAUUUCUGGUCGUGUCGGCCAACUUGUAAUUUUUUAACUUUUUAUCACGGUUGUACUCCAUAUCGGAUGUUUGAACGAAGGAAGUUGGAAAAAAGCACUGCAGAUGUCAUGGUGAUGGAGAAGUGAUUUAUUGCAAGUGCAAUGCAAGGGUUAGUCUGGUUUGACUGCUGGCAGUACAAGACCUGGUUUGUGGUAUAUUUGGCACAGGAUUGAGGGAAUGUUGAGCCAUCCGGCAGGGCCAGAGCAGAGGCGCCUCGGUGGUUCGGACGGCGAUUGAAGGGAGGCGGAUUGAGGGACGGGCGUGCCGGGAGGACGACAUGGGCCAGUGCGUCACCAAGUGCAAGAACCCGACUUCCUCGCUGGGCAGCAAGAGCGGCGACAAGGACAGCGGCUCUAAGUCCCACAAGAAAAGCGGCUGCUCGGCCGCUGGCCACAAGGACGAAGCGGGCGCCCCGUGCGGCAAACCCGUCACCGAGCUGUCCAACGGCACCAAGGCCCCCGAGGUUUCCGCCGAGACGCCCGUCAUCUCGGCCGUGAUGGGAGGAGAGCCGUGCCGGGAGGAGCGCCCGGACGCCGACGGGCUGUCGCUCGAACUCAUCGAGGAGCUUUUCUCCUGCUACAAGGACGAGCGGGAGGACGCCAUCCUGGAGGAAGGCAUGGAGCGGUUCUGCAACGACCUGUGCGUGGACCCGGCUGAGUUCCGCGUUCUGGUGCUCGCGUGGAAGUUCCAGGCCGCCACCAUGUGCAAGUUUACCAGGAAGGAGUUUGUUGAGGGCUGCAAGGCCAUCCAGGCGGACAGCCUUGAAGGCAUCUGCUCCCGCUUCCCCUGCAUGCUUCUGGAAGCCCAGGGCGAGGAGAGCUUCAAGGACCUGUACCGCUUCACUUUCCAGUUCGGCCUGGACGCCGACGAGGGCCAGCGCUCGCUUCAGCGGGACAUCGCCAUCGCGCUCUGGCGCCUGGUCUUCACCCAGGACAUGCCUUCCAUUCUGGAGCACUGGCUGGACUUCCUGGCAGAGAACCCGCCGGGCAUCCGCGGCAUCUCCAGGGACACCUGGAACAUGUUCCUCAACUUCACGCAGGCCAUCGGGCCCGACCUCAGCAACUACAGCGAGGACGAAGCCUGGCCGAGUCUUUUCGACACAUUCGUCGAGUGGGAAUUGGAGCGCCGGAAACGGGAAGAAGGCGGUCUGCCGCCCGUCCAAGCCGAGCACUCUCAAAUGGACGACGGACGCCAAUCACAGACGUGGGGGGGCCAAUAAUAGUCCGGUCGGAUGAACUCUAGUGUUAUCGUACGGCUCAUGGGAUUCCUGCUUUGCAGUUUAAGGUUUUUGAAAGGGCUCUGAUGACAUUUUAAGCACUUCUAUUUAAGUUAUUGCUCUACUCCCUCGCGUGUGAGUGUUUUUUUGUAGUUAUUUUGACUUGCACCUACCCACCACGCUACAGCAAAAUAUAUUUUGUUCAAAAACUCAAAGCUAUUACAUUUAUCCCAUUCCUGUUUUACAUAUUACAGGAGUGCCUUGAGAUACAAAUAACUUCAUCUUCCAAAGAGCGACUGAUUUUAGCGGCACACUGACGAACUGAAAUUCUUUACAUUUCCAUUCAUUUCAAUGGGAAAGGACUAUUUGUAACUCAUUGGUUGCCUUUGACGGCGAUAGGCGUCCAGUCAAGUUGAACUGUUGCAGUGCAGUAGAUGUUAGCGAUGGACGUAGUUAUAGUUUAGCUGCAAUUGGCAACACUAGACGUCCACUCCAUUUUGAAGUGGGAGGGUGGCAGCGAAUGAACGUUCGUUCAUUCGCUGCCACCCUCCCACUUCAAAAUGGAUUGGACGUCUACUAGAAAUAAAUUUUUUAAGUUUUAAUCUAAACUAUCAUCAUCAAUGGCACGGAAAGAGUUCAUUUACAAGUCAUGGAACCUACUCAACUCGUAUCUCAAGGCACCGCUGUUGAUUUGUUCUAUAUUUUAAAAAGGGAAACGACGUAAACUACUUUUUGAAAAUGUGAGGGUCUGAUUGGACGGACGCCGUCGUACGGUUUGCGCCGGGGAGGAUUGAGCGCACUAGUAUUGCCUUGGCCGCUUUCGGCAAACUAAGGGCAUUUUCUACAGACGUAAUUCCUUCGACAAUUUUCAUUUUUUUCAGCUUCGCAGCGCUACCGUCAAAAAAAAAUAAAGUGGCUAAGUGUGUCGAAACGCAAUGACGCCGGCUUUUACUUGAAAUCCAAAUAUCGUUUCCGGUCAAGGUGGUCAAUUUUUGUCGCUUUUGGAAAGAUUUGAAUUUUGUUUACCUGGUCAGGGAUUGAUAGUUUGUUCACACUUCACGAUGCUGACUGCUGGUGGUUCUAAUAUUGCACAAAACUGAGGCUUAAAUGCGAUGCUGUCUGUCAACCGCAUUAAUUUCAUUUAAAGACGUUACUAAGGUGAUUAGAUAAGUAUGGAAAGCAUUUAUUCAAAAGCCUUGAUCUAGAUUUACGGUCAUGUACUAGUAUGCUUUUUCCUUUCAGGCACUUGAAUCAGAAAAUGUUUUUUUAAAUGGAUUAUCACAGCAUAAUAAUUACUUUCACACAUUUUUCUUUGUUACAAUGUGAACUCAUUGGCUUGGCUGCCAUUGACUGUGAUUGACGUUCAUUUGAACUGCGGGGGUGUUUAGUAUGACGGAAUAUAAGGGCCACACACUAAAAACUAGGCCGAAGAGAAUAAAGUUGUAUUAUAUAAUUACUAUUUGGGUCAUACGUGUUAAUAUUGCGAGAUUUAAGUCGUAGUGUUGCGAGAUUUUUUUUAAUAUUACAACUGUCUUCAUGCAUCACUAGGUUCCUUUUCAGUUUUGGUUGAUUUUAGCGACACAGGUGGACAAAAGCGGUAGUGUUUUGCCUUAAGAAAGGCUGCGUUUGACGACCAGCGCACAAUGUUGUAAAAUCCAGAUCGCCCAGUCGCCUGCAGAUGGAUUAAACAACAUUUCUGUUCCUAUGACAGAAUAGUGGCACAACUAAUGUAUAUCGCCAUUAAAAAAAAAUAGCAUAUAACGAUGUUGACAAUAAGAAACAUUUGAUUUUGUACCGUGUUCCCCUGUAUUAUUUUUCUGUAUUAUUUUUGUCUCCUCGGACAAAACGUUUUCUUUUAGGCAUGUGCCAGUAUAUUCUGACAGUAUGAUAACCUUAGGCCAAAAUAUCACGGAUUUAUGUUAUUGAAAUACAGCUCUACAACCACUAACCCAUAGGUAUAAUGUUAAAAUAAUUUUUAAAAAAAGUAACCAAAUAUUCUAAAUAAAAAUAAAUGCAGUCUUUUAGGUGAGCCUAAACCCACAGCUCAACAUCAUUACCAUCAGAACAAAAAUAAUUGAAUCAUUUUCCAUACAAAGCACGUGUGUAUCACUCGUACAUUAUUUACGUUAUACACUUUCUCAACACAGUUGCCAGAGAGAACACGUUUUACCGCCGCUAAACACAUUAAACACGUGUUGGAGUUAACUCGUAGCUGGUGGGAAACCUUCAUGACAAUGUUAUCUAACCUUUAAUUUUGCAUUAAUGUGAAAUCAUAUUGGCGGUAUUGCCUCCUCGGCAGCAUUCCUCCGCACACGUUUUACAUGUUGGUUGGCCCUCCUCUAAGCCGCGGCCGUCUGUAACUUUCCUGUAGUCGACGUAUUCCCAUACCAGCGAUUUCGUUUUCUUCAAUUGAGGAAAAAGUUCAGGAGUUUCAGCUCCUCCAGCCAUCAUGUGGCACAACUGAACAACUGUUGGGGGAGGGUUGAGCAUUACACCUGCAAGCGAGGGAUUUCUCCAUGCAUAAAAAAUGGCUAAUACCUUAGGGACGGUAUGACUGAAAAUUUUGGCGGUUUUGAAACCUUGACGUUUUCAUACCACGGUAUACCUUGAAACCGGUAAUUGGCACAUGUCUUGGCACAACUACAGUAUAUCGCCAUAAAAUAGCACACGACAUGUUGACAAUUAGAAACGCUUGAUUUUGUAGUGUAUUCCCCUGUAUGAUUUUUUUUGUCUCCUUGGACAAAACUUUUUUGUUUCCUUUGUUGCUCUGCCAUCUUUGCAGAAUUUGCGCACAAGCGUUCGCAUCGACUUACAUCUUAAUAGCGAAAGGGGGAAGUAACGCAUGCGGUAAAGCAGUCAGCACAUUUGUAGGUUGUUUUUUUUUGGCAGGGUACCUCCGUCCCUCCUCAAAGUUAGUGCCGGUGAAAGCGAUACAGAUCCCUCAAGAUAUAAACUGGCUGUCAGUGAACAUAUCACAAAUUAAAAAUAUUUUAUAAAGGUUAAAAAUUUACCUCGUGUUGCUUUGAAACGACUUUUUUUCUUUUUACGACUUGAUUCUUGCAGGCCUAUUUUUUUAUGUGUGUGGCCCUAUUACUCAGUUGUACCUUAUACUUGUAGUUAUAAUACUGCAAUUUUUUCUCAUGAUGUUAUGACUUCAUACUCGUAAAAUUCUCAAUUCUCGUAAUAUUACAAUGUAUGACUUGAAUAUUUAUAAAAUGCUGUUUUUUUCCGUUUGGGUGGCUCUAGUUAAUUUAAAAAAGUCAAACCAAUCAAUUUGAAAUUAUAGCACAGUUAGUGUUAUGGAUUGGAUGUCGCACUGUCAAUGGCAGCCAGGUAGUCAAAUCUUAAUGGAAAAAUACCACAUCUUGGGUCAUCCUGUAAUUCAUCUCUAUCCUAGCCCUCACUGAAUUGUCAAUUAAUGAGCGCAAAAAGCACACUAGUACAUGAAAAUGGAUAUAGAAGUGAAUAAAUGCUAAAAUGUUGAUGAGUGAGUGCAAUGAUUGUGGUGAAAAGGAGUGAGCAAAACCUAAUCUACUGAGUUUACAUCCACAGCGGUUUUAUUUCAGACCUCAUUUUAUCCUUUGGUUUAUAUAAACUGUAUUGAUUUAUAAGAAAUAAACACAGUGUUCAACUUUUGCUCGUUGGCAGUGGGCGUGUGUGUUCUAUUCGAGGCGUGUCCUCGGGGCAUACAGCUCUCCUGAUUGGUUGAGGAACAUCCUGGUAACCAUGCAUCACAACAUAGUGGACACAUGAGAGGAAAAUAAAGCAGCUUUCUGCUUACUAUUUCAUUUUUUAACAAGACGACGCGUUUUAGAAAAUAUUUGAAGAAUGCUCGACGCUGGAGGAAGAUGGACCCAAAAACAACAAGUCUAAAUCCACUUCUACAAAGAGCACACGUAACUGAUCAUCACAUAGGCCGUCGAUAAAGGUUCCCGUUUCGGAUAAAAGGCGGUGGAUGCAGCUUUUGUGAAAGUUGAGCUCUUCCCUCGUGGUGUAUCCAAGGUCAGGCGAGCUGUGCUGCUGCUUUUUCCGAGGGUCACCCGAACGCACCACGAGGUUAUGUGGACACAGCAUCUUUCACUUUCCUCCGCCGUACAAUGGACUAUAAAAACGAGAUGCAGUAGCCUGUAGUAAUUCACAAGAGUCAAAGGCAAGGAAGCUCACUCCGGCUGUGGAUGACAACGCCGAUGAAUAUUUAAUCGACCUGCAGCACAAAAACAGGAUUCUGAAUCGUCUCAAAGUCAAAAGCUAUAAAGAG